AUGCAGUUGAACGAUGCCAUGAACUGGUAUGUAGAUUCUGGUGCGUCGGCUCAUAUGACCAUGCACAAGGAAUGGUUAGAGAAUAUAAUUAACCUGGCGGUAUCGGACGAGGAGUGCCAGCGCCUGCUCGACGCGGACAACGUUGCGUUCUUCGUGGACAAUGUGCACGCGGAGACGGCGGAGGCGAAACGCGCCCUGCGCGACGCCGAGGAGCGCCGGGACGAGCUGCUGCGGGUGGAGCGCGCCAUCGCCGAGGUGCACGACCUGUUCGUGCAGGUGGCGCACCUCGUCGCCGCGCAGCAGGACCAGCUCGACUCCGUGGAGUUCUACGCGCUGCAGGCCACCGAGCACGUGGACAGCGGCCAGCAGCAGCUGCUCAAGGGCUCGGUCACGCGCAAGCGCACGCAGCAAAAAAAGUGGGGUCUAAUCAUGUGCUUGGUGGCGGGCGGGUCAGUCGUGCUGCUGGUGCUGAUCUUCACGUAGCGUCAGCCCCCAUCGACCCCGCGCAUGACCGCCUGAUGACAUACGAGCAGAUGUUGCGGCAUCGCGUUGUGAAGCCGCAUACACGAAAAUAGAAUUCCCAUCAAACUUAUUGCCCUGAAUGUCCUGUUUUAUUUUUUCUUCUUGCAUUACGACGUAUGUAAAGCCAUUGGUAUUAAUAUAAUAAGUCCUUUACAAUUCCAGAGC